CAACUCACCAAUUACAUAGAUCUACAUCUAGUAUAUCUUUUUUUUGAUGCUCAAAUCAUGCAUCUUUCCUGGAUUACACCUUGGUGUUUGCAAUUUGCCUGAAAGUAAAUGCACUCUGAAACUCUAAGUAAUUUUUCAUGUCAAGCUGUUGGGUUUCUCUCUAUAUAGUAUUUGGCGAUACAAAUCGUUGAAGAUAACAAAAUGUCUCUAAGAGUAUUGCUACAAUGGGGAUCAGCGUUAAUGGAGCAACCAGGUGCAGCAACCUCACUACUAAUAGUUCUGUUUAUAAUUCCUAUUGGUCUCUUCUUUAUCAUGUUUGGAUUUAAAACAAAAACAAAACUGCAUUUACCUCCUUCACCUCCUAAUAAGCUUCCAAUUCUUGGUCAUCUAUUUCAAAUAGGAAGACUCCCUCACGUAAAUCUUCAACGUUUAGCUCGAAAACAUGGUUCUCUCAUGCUUUUAUACUUGGGUAAUAUUCCAUUACUUGUUGUAUCUUCUGCUGAAUUAGCUAAAGAAAUCUUCCAUACCCAUGACCAUGUCUUCGCUAGUAGACCUUUUAUGUAUGUUGCCAAGAAAUUUUCCUAUAACUACAAGGACUUUGCAUUUACACCGUACGGCGAGUAUUGGAAACAAAUGCGAAAAAUUUGCGUACUUCAACUUUUAAAUGCAAAGAGAAUACACUCGUUUCGAUCAAUAAGAACAGAAGAAGUAGCAGCCAUGCUCGAUAAGAUCAGUAGUGGUAGUGGUGGUACUUCAAAUCUUUCUUCUCCAUCAUCAUCACCGGAUGACAAGAGUUAUGUGGCGGUAGAUUUGACGGGAAUCUUGAUGUCGUUUACGUCGGAUGUUAUAUGCAGAGUUGCGUUAGGGAGAAAAUACUCUGAUGAAGAAAUGAUUGGGAGGAAGUUCGGAGAUAUGGUCAGGGAUAUGUUUUGUUUGUUUUCUGUUGAGAAUGUCGGAGACUUUAUACCUUGGCUUUCAUGGGUGAAUAAUUUCAAUGGCUUAUACAGAAAAGUGGACAAGACCUUCAAAGAAUUUGAUGGCUUUCUAGAUGUUGUCGUCGAAGAACACAUUCAAGGUCGUAAGAAAAGGGCAUCUUUACUAUCGACAUCAAGUGAUUGCACCACUGAAGAAGAUUUUGUCGACGUGUUGCUUGGCAUUCACGAAUGUGGUGGAUCAACCGGGGAUUUACUUGAAAAAGAUAACAUCAAAGCCAUCGUUCUGGAUAUUUUUAUCGGUGCAACUGAUUCAUCGACUUCACUUCUAGAAUGGGCAAUGGCCGAGCAUCUAAGGAACCCAAAGAUUAUGAAACAAGCUCAAGAAGAAGUAAGAGGGAUAGUAAAAGGGAAACCAAAUGUCACAGAAGAUGAUCUCGGCGAAAUGCAUUACUUGCAUGCUGUGAUUAAGGAAACUCUACGGGUCCAUCCACCAGCUCCCUUACUCGUUCCACACCAGUCGAUUGAAUCCAGCAAACUGCAAGGUUAUGAUAUUCCAGCCAAUGCUAUAAUCUUAACCAAUGCUUGGGCCAUCGGAAGAGACCCCAUUUCAUGGAAAGAACCUGAGAACUUCGAACCACAGAGAUUCAUGAAUUCUUCUAUUGAUUACAAAGGACAACAUUUCGAGUUUAUUCCGUUUGGAGUUGGAAGAAGGGGUUGCCCUGGAAUACACUUUGCAGAAUGCGUGAUUGAACUGGCUCUAGCUAAUCUUUUACAUCGAUUUGACUGGGUGUUGCCUAAUGGUCUAAAAGAACAUGAGCUAGAUAUGUCGGAAGCAGGCGUUGGUGUUAUAACCACCAAGAAGACUCCAUUAGUUAUUGUUGCAAUUGAUCAUCUUCAAACAUCCCACCAAUGGCAUACUAGUGUAUGCAAGUGAAAGAUAUGUAAUAUUCAUGAACUGAAUCCGAUGGCUUUUGUUUUGUAAGUUUCUCAUCUGAACCUCGCGCAGAUGUUAACAGUAGGUAAUUCGAAAAAUAUGUAAUAUUCAUACUAUCUUCUUUUAAAUUACUGUGAAAAUAAAAUAUUCAAAGUUGUAUUGUGAAAA